AUGGGAAGUCCGGUGCAAGUGUACGGACCAGCCUUAUCCCCGGCGGUUUCCAGAGUGUUGACAUGUCUCAACGAGAAAGACGUUCAAUUUCAACUCGUUCCUGUCGACAUGUCCAAAGGAGAACAUCGAAGCCCUAAUUUCCUCAAAAUCCAUCCAUUUGCCCAAGUACCUGCAUUUCAAGAUGACCACAUUUCCCUCUUCGAGUCUAGAGCCAUAUGCCGGUAUGUUUGUGAGAAACACAUAGAGAAAGGAAACAGGGAACUGUACGGUACAAACCCACUGGCAAAGGCAUCUAUAGAUCAAUGGUUGGAGGCUGAAGGACAGAGCUUCAACCCACCCUCUUCAACUCUGGUGUUUCAGCUUGCUUUUGCUCCUCGAAUGAAGGUCGAGCAGGACGAAGGAGCAAUCCAACAGAGUAAAGAAAAGCUCAGGAAAGUGCUUGAUGUGUACGAUAGGAAGCUUGGGGAAACUCGUUACUUGGCCGGUGACGAGUUCACACUCGCAGAUCUUUCACAUCUUCCCAAUAUUCAUUACUUGGUGAGUACUGAUGAUGAUACGGCUUCUCUGUUCACUUCUGAGAGAGAGAACGUGAGGAGGUGGUGGACGGAGAUAUCCACUCGUCAGUCAUGGAAAAAGGUUUUGGAUUUGUACCCAAAACCUUGA